AGCCCUCCUUCUUCCGUGCUCACCACCGAGCCUUCCGGCGCCGGCUGCCCAGCGAUCUGAGGAAUCCGCUCAUGGAACCGAACUUGCACUUCUGGAUCCGAGAAAGCCAAUCUUUUGUCCAAAGAUUUCUUCACUGGCUUGACAUACUAGACCCAGCAAAUGUACUGCUCUCUCAUGAAAAAAUAAAAGCUGCAAGAGAACUGUUAAGGAGUGAACAGACACCUAAAGAUCAUACAGAGGACCAAAAGAUACAGAAAGCCUGGAAACAGAGCCUGGCAACAGUGCAUCCUGAUACUGGGAGUGUAAUUCCUAUGUUAUUUAGGCCUGCAGCUUUCUUGCCUAUUACCGGACCUUUGGUAUUCCUAUUUCUGCAAAAAUAUAAAGGAAUAAAGGCUGCUCUUUUCCCUCAGUUUUUCAUCCAUGCAUAUAAUACUGAAUUCAGCAUAACAAAUGGAAAUGUAAUUCAUGCAAAAUACUCUCUUGAACAACAACUUCUUGGGAUGACUACAAUUAUUUCUACAACAUUUUUUGGAAUAUCCCCUCUUUUGUUGAUGAAUCGAUACACAUUAAAAGGAUCUGCUGUUCAGGAUGUUGUUACCAAAAUAUUGCCUAUCCCCUUUCUGGCCUUUUUAAGUACAUUUAAUGUGGUGGUGAGCAGAAGCCAUGAGUACCAGAAUGGAAUUCGAGUCAUGGACAAGAAUGGGAAUGUUGUAGGAUUGUCACAGGAAGCUGGGGCAAAGGCAGUUGGAGAAACGCAUUGUCUAGAGGUUUGCUCUUUGGGACUUCAAUGCUUCUUUCAAGUGUCUUUUCAUACUUUUUGGAAAGGACCAACCUUGUCCGUCAAAAUCCAAAGCUUCUGAUGGUCAUGAAGUUAAAUGUGACUCUUCUGGUAAUGGGAUUGAUGGUACCAGUUUCAUUUUGUCUGUUUCCACAGACAGGACAGAUACAGCGAAGCUCUCUAGAACCAAAAAUCCAGUCCUUGACAGAGGAAACAGAUCUCUUUUAUAACAGAGGACUUUAAAGACCAGUUUGAAAUUUCAACAUGGCUUGUCUUCUCACAGAACUUAUUCACAGAGGCUUAGAAUUAGAAGGAAGCUAGAGCAGACCAACCCUGUACCUGAGUACCCAAAAAAGUCCCUCCCCUAAAAUACUAUUUUCUCAAGAUUCCAGGCUUAUAUGUCUAUGCCUUUUCUCUCUGUGAAAUUGAUAACAGUGAAGCUUUAGGGUCUUUGUAUGUCACAGAUAGCAAUCUUUUUUGAGAUAUGGAUCAACCUCAAGAGCUGUGGAAGUCACUUUCAUUCACUGUCUGGAGACCUAGCUGAUCAAGAUACUUUACACCAAUAGAGAGCUUGAAGGAAAGAACAAAGUUGCUCUGCCUUAGCUGGAUCCUCAGCCAGCACUUAAUAUCAUUUUUUGGCUCUAGCACAGUUUCCAUUUACUUGGGAGGCUGGAAUCAGAAUCAGAUCACUGUGUCAAACAAAUUUAGUAUAUUUUUGUCAUUGGGUGGGAGAUAUAUGUGUGUGUGUUUAUAUGUAUGUAUAUUUAAAAAAAACACAGGGUUGGGGAGAGGAGAGAAUUUGUUUAGUUUUACACAUUGAACCCCCAAGAGGUUGUACCUGUCCUGUGAUGGAAUUUUUUUUAUAGAUACUCCUCUGAAAUUACUAUUUAUUAAAAUUUUUAUAAAACCUA